AUGCCUCGGCAAUCGAAGAACAAAUAUACAUUCAAAGAUAUGUGGAUGAUGGAUCCUUUUCCAACUAAUAUGGCAUCGAGUGGCUCUCAAGCCACAAGACUCAAACCAGCUAUCCAAGACUCGGCUAAACUUGAGAGACAGGGUUUGGGAUUUGCCUUGACAUUGAGUCAGAAAUUUCCAUCAUCACAGCCUCUUGAUUCUGGUGGUUCGGGGCUGCUUAUUGAGAAACCCGUAUAUGCUUUGCACGCAACUGCUGGAGUUGUCAUGGCAGCAUCCAUAGCAGUCUUUGCAUAUUGGUAUGGCAGGAAGCGAAGGAGGUGGUGA